AUUCUUUCAUUCACGCACGACCGUCGAUUGGCGGGGGCGUUACGAUCCGGAAUGGCAUUGGCGAGGCAAAAUAUCGUGGGCCAAUGUCUGGCAUUAUUUUAAUCUUAGCCUGGCUUUACUGGUAAAAGGAAAUGCCCGGCGCUUGUAUCUUCCUUUAAAACCAUGACCUUGUGUGGCGAGCAAGCUUUUUAGGGUUGGCAGUGUGGAGAUAGGAAUUAGGGAUUUUAGCGGCAGGCGAUGCAUGGCGCGGAGGUAGGCGCUGUGGAUCCUCGCGUUGGAGAGCUUGGUCGCACCGGGAGUGGAGAUUUUUGAGCUGCGGCGCUGCGAUUAGUGCUUGGCUGCGGGGGUUUAGGUCCGGAAUUUCUUGUGCUGCUGCCAAUCUCAUGGUCUGCGAGGGAUGACAAUGUGCCAGAGGCCUGUUGGUGACCCCUGCCAAAAGCUUCUCGAGGAGAGCCGGAUUUGCGCCGGAGGUAUCGAUCAGAGCUACACGAACCAGGAGUGGAAUGCUUUUGUGGACGAUGCUUGCGUCCAGCAUGGCGUGCAAGGGGCCGAGUCCGUGGCUGCCCAGGCCGAGCCGGAGGCGGACAUGGAGCUUGACCAGCUGUUUUGCUUGCUCAAAGAACCGGAAAAAAAUCUGCAAGAUAUAGUCGGGCAGGACGAGAUUCUAGCAGCGCCAGAAACUAGCCCUUUAGUACAAGCGCCACAAGAGUAUACCCAUGGAGUGUCACCUUCUUUACAUGAUCCCUCGUCUUCGGCAACAUUCCCGUACUAUCAAUCCAGUGACUACGACAGGUCUAGCGGUUCAGUUAUCGGGGCAGAGGGCGAGGUUUAUGAUCCAACGUUGAAUUCCACUACUUUCACUCCAGUGUGUGAGAGCUCCUGGUCUUUUGGUAAUGGUGCUGCGGCGAAGUCUGAGGUUAUCGAGAUUAGUGACGGUGAAGAAGAUGAGGUUGGGAUUGUAGGAGAGAAGCGCAAGCUGCCCCUGAGCUUCGCUUCUCAGGAGACCACUUCGAAGGCCUGGUGGUAUGCUCAGGAGCAGACCAACGCCAGCGUAAAGAAAGAAGAGAACGGGAACGCUGAAGUUCUUAACUCAGAUGACGAAUCUGAUCAACGGGACGAAAGAGGUGGAACCACCCGGAGGCAUUACUCUUCAGAACCACGGGUACAGGAAGAUAGAAACCUCCGAACAAUCUUGCAGAGGAUGAUCACUGUCGAUGAAAAGGAAGAGGCCAGUCCAGAGGAGGGCUUGAUGACAAUCCCUCUUCUCAAACAUCAGAGAAUAGCUUUGGCGUGGAUGGAAAAGAGUGAAAAUCGUGUGGAAUGUUCUGGGGGAAUCCUUGCAGACGAUCAGGGACUUGGUAAAACCGUGUCUACGAUAGCACUUAUCCUUAAAGCUCGGGCGCCAGUUUCAAAGCUAAACUUGGCCAUAUCGGAGACAGCACUUAUUGAAUCUGAGCCUGUGGAUCUUGACGACGAUGAGGAUGGGGACAAAGACGAUGACGAAAGUUCUCAAAAGCUGGAUGAUAGAAAGUCAUCUCUAGGCAGAGGAAGAAAAACAGGUGGCACCCUUGUUAUCUGCCCAACGAGUGUUUUGAGACAGUGGGCACAUGAGAUCAAGGCAAAGGUGACACCCGCGGCGAAUCUCUCGAUUUUGGUAUAUCAUGGAAGUAGCAGGACAAGGAGUGCCGACGACCUUGCGAAGUACGACGUUGUUCUAACAACGUAUCCAAUCGUGAGUAUGGAGGUGCCGAAGCAGCUAUUGCCAGAAGAGAAAGAAGAAGAUAAGAGGAAUUACGAUGACUACGGGCUUGGCAACUUUCGAGGAUAUCCGAAAAAGAAGAGCAAGCCAAAGAAGAGACUCUCGGACGAGAAGAUUCCCGAGUCGGGCCCUCUAGCAAAAGUGAGCUGGUAUCGAGUUGUUUUGGACGAGGCGCAAAGCAUAAAAAAUUCAAGGACACAAGUAGCUCGGGCUUGCUGGGGGUUGAGGGCCAAGAAGCGAUGGUGUCUAUCAGGUACACCAAUCCAGAAUGCAAUUGACGAUCUGUACAGCUACUUUCGCUUCCUACGCUUCGACCCGCUGGACACGUACAAGUCCUUCAGAUCGGAGGUGAAGGACCCGAUCACUCGAAAUCCAGUUUUGGGAUAUAAGAAACUGCAGCUGAUUCUUCAGGUGGUUAUGCUUCGUCGAACAAAAGCAACAUUGAUCGAUGGACAACCAAUCGUAAACUUGCCUCCGAGAUUUGUUUGCCUCCAACAGGCUGAAUUCAGCGAAGAGGAGCGUAUAUUCUAUAAUAGUUUGGAACUCGAGUCACGCAGACAGUUCCAGGUUUAUGCUGAGGAGGGCACGCUUCAGAGUAACUACGUGAACAUCUUGUAUAUGUUACUGCGGCUUCGGCAAGCGUGCGACCACCCUCUCCUUGUCAAGGAAACAAACAACGAGUCGACGGAGUUCGACGCGGUUGAAAACGUAAAGAAGUUGGCGCUGGAGAGAAGGGUGGAGCUCCAGAAUACUUUGGAUCGGAACAAGUCCAUAUGCACUAUAUGUGCGGAUGUUCCCGAGUGGGCCGUUAUAAGCUGGUGUGGUCACGUCUUCUGUAGGCAGUGCAUCUCAGAGAAGCUAGCCACCAGCGAUGAUACCGAAUGCCCUUUUCCAAAGUGCACCAUUCAGCUCAACAGUUGCCUAUUGUACAGUCUGACUGCGUUGAGGAAUUGCAACCUGGGUAUUGAGCCCACCACCAACAACAAUAACAAGGGAAAGAAGAAAAGGCAGCCAACCGACACCAACGGAUGGAUCUCGUCUUCCAAGAUUGAAGCGGUCAUGAAGCUGCUGAAAAAUCUUCCCGUAAAAAAUCCUGCCGGACCAGCGCCAGACGGGACACGAAGGAGAGCUGAGACAGAAAAGGCUAUUGUUUUCUCCCAGUGGACAAGUAUGCUGGACUUGCUGGAGCCCCAGCUAAGGAAGGCCGAUCUUCGUUUCAGCAGAUUGGAUGGUACAAUGACUGUUGUGGAAAGGGACUCUGCGGUCACGGAAUUCAACACCAAUCCAGAGGUGUCUGUGAUGAUCAUGUCACUCAAGGCCGCAAGCUUGGGACUCAACAUGGUUGCUGCGUGUCAUGUUCUUCUUCUCGAUGUGUGGUGGAAUCCUACAACGGAGGACCAAGCCAUCGAUCGAGCUCAUCGUAUCGGACAGACUCGUCCCGUCCACGUUUCAAGGUUUACCGUGAAGAACACCAUUGAGGAUCGAAUUCUAGCUUUACAGGAACGAAAGAAGCAAAUGGUUUCGUCGGCGUUUGGAGAGAACGAAGGGAACAAUCAAAAGAGUAGGCUCACCAUGGACGACAUACGCUUCCUCUUCUCGGGCUGACAGACGAGAGAAUAAACACAAGAAGAGAGAAGAUGGUUUCUAGAACACGGAUGAGUCGACCUCUUCCGGAAACUUGGACAGCAUCUUUGUGACCACGGCGAUCACUGCCUCGACGUCGGGCCUGUUUGCGACUCGAGGCUCUACCA